AUGCGUUCACUCUACAAUUCUGCAACAACACCCGCAAACCCCGCCAAUUCGCGACAAUCCGCAUCAGGCUCGGCGGCACCCAAGUCGCAUCUAGCACCAGAGUCACGACCGGUCCUCCGAAAACGACCGAGCGCCACUAUUUUGACGAGGAGGCCCAUCAUCAACGGGGAACUCGCCGCACCAGGAGGCGCGCCGCCCGGCAGCUCGUCUUCCAACAACACCACGCCACCGCUGUUGUCGUCGACAGCUUCGCCGGCUCCGCGCAAACCGCUCAGGACCAGAGACCACAAUGUCGCGCCCCCGACGACAGGCACCCGCAUGAGGAACUUGGAUGUCAAGGGCACGCGGACGCAAAUGACAAGCCAUCACCACAAGGGGCCCGCCACGAUGGCGCACGACCGACACAACAACGCCGCCGCCUCCGCCUCUGCCUCGGCCGGCUCGCAACGGCAACCGCAGAUGCCCACCCUGGCCAAGGGGCUCAAUCGCACGCCCAUCACGCCCAAGGUCGCCGCCCCGAAGCUCGCCUCCUCCACGCAGCAGCGGCAGACCGUUACCGUCGCGACGACACCCCUGGCCCAGCGGAGGCCGAACGGCGACCGGCCCGAGUCGGCACUCAGCAACAACAAUGGGCACCAUUACACCACCCCUGGGGGAGGGCAGAGAGACGACUAUGCAUCGCCCGUGCCCGCAUUUCUCAGCAGCAACAUCACGCCACGGUCGGGGUCGAGACAGACGCGUGUGGAUAGCGGCAAUACGACGCCGAACGGCACUCCGAACCCGGAGAGGGCCGAUUCUUGGGAUGUGAGGUCGGGCUUGGCCUUGACGCCCUCGGGGCUCGAUGAGAGGUUGAGGCAGCAUGCCGGACCCUACAGCCCUGUGCACGAGGCGCCGAGAUAUGCCCAAAACGACAAGGACUCCAAGUUCUUCUACGCCAGCGACGCGACAAAGAGCAGCACUCCCCAGCCGGCGCCCGCCAGCAGGCCUAUAUCGGCCCAGCAGAAAGCGCCUACCUUCUUCUAUGCGAACGGAGGCGCUGUCCCCGAGAAACCCACCAUCUCACCUCCCUCCUUCACGCCAGUUCUCGCGCCUCCGCCGACCUCACCAGGCCUCUCUGAUUCGGCAUCCAGCAAGUUUGUCUACGCCAACGGGACCCCUGACCUACAAGUCCCCGCAAGGACCAACGCCUUCUCGCCGUCCGGCGCGCCCUCUACCGCAUCUACAUCUUCGAAAGCACCCAGCAGACCGAGCAGCGGGACCUCCAUGACUGGUUUUCCGCAGCAUUACCCCCAACAACAGCAGUACCCGAGGCCCGCCUCUCCGGUCAAAAUCCCUUCAUUCCCCCCUCCACAGAAAGCCAACUCAUCUGUUGGGGUUGGCACCCGUAGCGCUGUUGACGCCGUACCUCAAUUAGCACCUGCAAACCCUGUACUUCGGCGUACAAGUACCGACGGCCCUCCCAGGAGAGAGGGCCUACACGCGCGCAAUAAGAGCCUCACUAUCGCCGAGCCUCCCGCUGUCGCCAAGAUACUUUUGUCCAAUAUCAGCCUCGAACCCGCAUCACCGUCGCCGCAUUCCGCAGCAGCAGGUCUGGCAUCGAUCCUGCAGACUGUCGAGGACCUCAACGAGCCGGAGAGUGAGGACGAUGGCUCGGACGAGGACGGAGAGAAGGAGCACAAGGUAAACAGCGAGCUACACAGUCCUAUCAAGUCAUCGCACUCCAAGGAUCACCUCGAUGAGCUCGUGGCCAGCGCGCGAAGGGAGCGCAAGGUGCAGGACCUCGAGAUCAGGAACGGCUCCCUGGAAGCCAUCAACCGGACGCUCGAGCGGCAGCUCCGCAAGCAGCAGGCCGAGCUCCGCCGGUACAGGCGUCUCUCUCGCUCCGGCAGGCUGUCCCUGGCCUCGGUCGCGUCGAGCAGGAUCGCGUCUGGCUCGACGGUCGAGGGGCCGCUCGCCAACCCGGACCAGCUGGCGCUCUCGGACCUCAGCGAGGAGGACGACGAGGACGACGACCUGUCCGACCACGACCACGAGUACCCCGACGAGUCGGACAUGUCCGAGUCGGGCGAGUCGGCCGGGUCGUCGGGGCUGAGCCCCAGCACGAUGGCGAUGCGGGACGCGCGGCACCGCAAGCGCGACGAGCGGCGGCUGCAGCUCGACCUGUCGAAGCACCAGCAGCUGCUCGUCGACAGCCAGAAGAUGAACCAGAGCAUCAAGCGGUGCCUGGGCUGGACGGAGGAGCUCAUCCGCGAGGGCCGCAAGGCGCUCGAGUUCCAGGUGCGGGUCAGCGAGGUCGAGCUCGGCGGCAGGGUGCUGGCGCCGCCGGACGAGGAGGAGGAGGAGGAUGGGAGUGGUAGUAGGGUGUGGGACGACGGCAGCUUCCUGGCGCCGGACGACACGCUGGCUGCCAAGACGCCGCCGGACAGGGAUAGCGGGAUCGAGAUGGCGAGGGAUGGGCUGUAG